AUGAUAGCCAUGUUUUUCAAGCUUCUAAUACUCACACUUGCAAGCCUAGCAGCAGCUGAAGAUGUUAAUUUCACCAACAAUGGUUUCCGGUCUGCUAAUCUUAGCCUUGACGGCAGUGCCCAAUUCACAUCGAAUGGUCUUUUGAUGGUGACGAAUGACACUGAAGAGCAAAAGGGCCAUGCCUUCUACCCCAACCCAGUUACCUUCAAGAACUCAUAUUCCAAUUCCAAUGUUUUCUCCUUUUCUACCAUUUUUGUCUUUGCUGUCAGGUCAGUAUCUGCAACUCUGGGUGGCCAUGGAAUGGCCUUUGUCAUUGCUCCGAAAAGAGGGUUUCCUGGAGCUUAUGGCGGCCCUUUCCUAGGGCUUUUCAACAGGACCAACAAUGGCAAUCCCACCAAUCAUGUUUUUGCUGUAGAGCUUGACACUGUACGGUCCGCCUCGUUCAAUGACAUCGAUAACAACCAUGUUGGGAUUGAUAUUAAUGGUUUGAACUGGACGGGCUUUGCUAGUGCAGCAUACUAUGCUAAAAAGAAUGGCGGCUUUAAGAUGAAUGGCCAGGCUCAAGAACUUGUUCUCUCACAACUCCCCAAGCUGCCCCGGGUAGGAGGUAAAAAAAUGUCUAAACUCUUAACCAUUGGUGUUCCUGUGGUAUCUGUGAGUUUGGUUUUUCUAGCAAUUUCUGGUGUAAUUUAUGCCAUAAGAAGGAAGAGGAAGUUUGCAGAGCUGCUUGAAGAUUGGGAGCUUGAGUAUGGGCCUCAGAGGUUUAAGUACAAAGAAUUAUAUAUUGCCACCGAAGGGUUUAGGGAAAAGGAACUUCUAGGAAGAGGGGGAUUUGGUAAGGUCUAUAAAGGCAUAUUACCCGCCUCUAAAACUGAGAUUGCUGUGAAGAGGAUCUCACAUGAAUCAAGACAGGGGAUGAAGGAAUUUGUGGCAGAAAUUAUGAGCAUUGGCAGGCUUUGUCAUCGGAAUUUAGUACCACUCUUGGGCUAUUGCAGAAGAAAAGGGGAGCUACUCUUGGUCUAUGACUACAUGCCUAAUGGAAGCCUGGAUAAGUACCUCUAUAACCAACCAACGGCCACUCUCAAUUGGGGCCAGAGGUUUAAAGUCAUUAGAGGUGUAGCUUCAGGGUUGUUUUAUCUUCAUGAAGAAUGGGAACAAGUUGUGGUUCACAGGGAUGUCAAGGCAAGUAAUGUAUUACUAGAUGGGGAGUUGAAUGGAAGACUAGGAGACUUUGGCCUUGCAAGAUUAUAUGACCAUGGCACAGACCCUCAAACUACUCAUAUAGUUGGAACAGUCGGGUACCUUGCUCCAGAGCAGGCAAGAUCCGGCGAGGCCACAACGAGCACUGAUGUGUUUUCUUUUGGGGCAUUUUUGCUUGAAGUUGCCUGUGGAAGAAGGCCAAUAGAGACACAAGGUCCACUUCAGGGUGUGAUAUUGGUUGAUUGGGUGUUUUCUUGUUGGAAGAAAGGUAAUAUUCUUGAGGCAAGAGAUGGAAACUUGGGCACAGAAAUUAUAUCCAAGGAAGUGGAACUGGUGUUGAAGCUUGGGCUGUUGUGCUCUCAUUCAGAGCCUUCAGCUAGGCCAAGCAUGCGCCAAGUUGUGCAGUAUUUGGAAGGUGACAUUGCUUUCCCAGAGCACUCAUUUCUUGGGCACUCUUCCAGUGGCUUGACCUUUGCGCCCCAUGAAGGUUCUGAUGAUUUUGCAAAGUCAUAUCAGUCUUCUUCUUUCACGGGGCUUUCAUAUGUUGAGUCGACACUUCUCUCAGGUGGUCGUUGA